ACGCGCCCGCUAAGAGGUCCAGGCGGGACGAGGCGGAGGGGGUCGCUCGGCGCGGCAGCUACCCUCCCUUUCCGGGCUGUGCCCGCCGCCCGCCUGAGGCCAUCCGCGAGCGGCAGGCACGCGGGGGCACAGCUGGCACCAGGACCAACACUUCAACUUGACUGCUGCCCCUUCCCUUUGCUUCAGACCCGAGCUGGAGUCCGUUCGUUGCUCGGUUGUAAUCCUGACUGGCAAGUCAGUCAUGGUGACGAUGAAGUGUGUCCGCCGGGAGGGGGCGGAAAAACUGUAGUCGCGGCAACCGACGGCCCGUCGUUAAGGAAGUGACGUCGACGAACCCCUGGAUGUCGGCAUCCGUUGAUGGUUGGUGACCGGUGAAGGGGAGCUCGUGAUGGAGGGUUGACUUUGAAUCUCGAACCGUCAUUUGUCCGGCUCCACGCGCGCCGGGAGGUGUGGGGGAGGGUUUCACCGGAAUAUGAUCCGCUGGCACAUCCCGGCGACCUGGGUACGGCGCGGAAAGAAAGCCGCACAUGGACGCUUCCCACAGCCUGGAUACUGAGGGCAGGGAGCUGGGAGGAGGAUCUUUUUGCUGACGGCGUAGGCAUUUUAAGGGUGGCACUGUGGGUCAGCGGCUUGCACGGCUGCCUCGCAGCGUCGGGGACUCGGUUUCGAUUGCGAGCCUUGGGCGACUGUCUGCGUGGAGAUUUACACGUCUUCCCUUCGACUGUGUGGAUUUCCUCCCACAGUCCAAAGAUGUUCAGCUAAAUACUUGCUCGGAACAAGUAUAUUGCCCUGGAUGUGAAUUUGUGGAUCACGUGAGGAGUAACAAAUCCAAUCCCUCAUUAUCACUUAUCUUGAAGACUCCUGGGGACUGGGCAAAACCACCAGCAUGUAGACAAGAGUGAUUCAAAGGAUUAAUCAUACUUGAACUCAAGACCCCCUGACUCAAGAGGUUAUGCUGAGAAGCAAACCACGGUCAUUCAUGAGUGUGUUGAUUUCUAUAUGGGACUUGGGAGCCAUCAGUACUGUCAAAUUCAUUCAAAAUACAAAUGGUAAGAUGGGAGGAAUAAUUUAAAUUGUGAAAAAAUGGCAGCAAGUCAAUUGAAUGAGACCUUGGUGGCGACUGCGCACAGUGAUAGACCAGAAAAUGCUCCCACUGAAGAACAGACUAAUCCUGACCUCUGCACUUGGUCAUGCCCUGAUGGUUCCUUUGUGAAGAAAAUUCUACAGAGAGGUAGUGGCCUCGACAAGCCCAAAGAAGGUUCAAAGUGUCGUGUUUAUGUAGAAGUAAAACCCUCCAGCCAUUUUGAUGCAGGGACCCAUUUCCAAAAUAGGAUCAAUGAGUCAGUUGAGCUGAUUCUUGGCGAAAGUGAUACGCAGUUUGUAGAAUUGAUUGAGAAAUGUAUUGAGACGAUGCUUUUGGGAGAGCAAUGUGAGGUAAUCCCUGCUCCAGACUUGAUGAAUACAUUCACAGACUGCAGAGAAGGACUGAGAUUGUUUGUGAAGCUGGAGGAGUUCAGUCUGCAGCAGGACUCCUGGGAAAUGGGAUUUGAGGAAAAAUGGCACAUGGCUAUGCAUCACAAAGGCAAAGCCACUGAGCAUUUUAAAAGUGGGAAUCUCUUUGGAGCUGUACAAUGUUAUGCAAAAUCACUGAAGCUGCUGGUGACUCUGAAAUAUGAUGUGCCUCCUGAGAAAACCAAGGAGUACGACCAGGCUAGAAAGACCUUAUACUCGAACCUGGCAGCCUGUCAGAUAAAACAGAAGCAGUACAGAAAUGUCAUCCACAACUGCUCAAAGGCACUGGAGAUUGAGCCAGACUCUGUGAAAUGCCUGUACCGAAGGGGUCAGGCCUAUGCUGCCAUUAAUGAGUUUGAGAAAGCGAAAAGUGAUUUGAAGCAAGUGCUGAAAUUCGAACCGGGAAACACUGCUGCUGCAAGGCAACUUAGAGUUCUUAAUGAACAGGUCAAGGCUCAAAAUGAAAAAAUGGGCAAAGCAAUGAGUAAGCUGUUCAUCUGAGAACGUACACAUCAGGAUACAUUGGAAAGAAAAACAUUCUGUUUCAUUGUCAGAAUAGCACUUGACCACAGGAAAAUGUCAUGUUUUUGACUAAAAAAAAUGUACAGCAGGUAUUUCAUUAUUGUAUUAUACUUUGGAUUAUAAUGCAGUGGAAUUUUUUCACAAGAUCCAGACAGCUGAUUUUGCAUCUUUGAAACACGUUCAUUAUUAUGCACCCAGAUAAUUUUGAAUACAAUGAAUGUCAUCAGUCAUGAUUUGAUUGUGGGAAGACUAGAUACCUGAAGAAUUGUAAUGAGGUUGAGUUGCUAACUGGAACUGUCAUUCAUUGCAGACUGCAUUAACUCACUAAGUAAUUGCUGAAGUUUGCCAGAAUUUAAUUGUGGUCUGAGCGAAAUUUGCACGUUGCCAAGAUCCUGGCUUCCAAUUAUGUGAAAACAUGGAUUUUAGAUUAUGGUACCCUUUAUGUAGAAUAUAAACUCUUAAAUGAACUGCUAAAUUUCCUGUGCAUUGAUCUCCAUAAAGUUGGGUGUUUCGUGGAUGAAUGUUAAUCCAGAUAGAUCAGAAUAUUUCUUGUUAAUAAAGUACAAGAGUUAAACUUGCAA